UAAAAUAUUUCCAGAUGGAGCAUUUAAAUUAAAAAAUUGUAAAAUUUAUUAGUCUGUGACGAUUUGCUUCUUGUGGGCCUGCGCGACCAGAACUGUGGGCAGAGUCCAUUCAAAAUGUGCAAUAAGGAUUGUUGCGCCCUCAAGACUGCGCUGCAGAUUCGACGAAUGAAAAUUUUGAUCGAACAGCGACGGCAGCAAGAAGAAGAAGCCAAUGCCAAACCCAAAAAUAUUAUCGUAACGCCCGAAAGUUUAAUCUAUAGUUAUGACGAUAUUGAAAAAAUGGCCAAACUGAUAAUCAGUAGAUCAGAAACACGACCCAAGUUUGGCUUGGUGUGUGGAUCUAACUUAGAUACGCUGACCGACUUGAUUGAGAAUCCCAUUGUUAUUGACUAUUCGGAUAUACCAAAAUUUCCAGAUUGCACGAUUCACGACCACAAGGGUAAACUGUUUGUGGGCACCUUAAUGGGUGCCACGGUGAUUGCCCUGCAAGGACGUUUCCAUCACUACGAGGGUAAUUCCCUUGCCAGCUGCUCAAUGCCGGUGCGGGUGCUAAAGCUGUGCGGCAUCGAAUAUAUGAUUCUCACCUGUGCAGCAGGUGCGGUCAAUAAGAACUAUAAAGUUGGCGAUAUAAUGCUCAUCAAGGAUCACAUCAAUAUGUUCGGCUGGUUCGGCAAUAAUCCACUGAACGGACCGAACGAUCUGCGCUUCGGCGACCGGCACGUCAUAAUGGCCGACGCCUAUGACGAGGGCCUGAUCGAGAAGGCGCUGGAGAUUGGCCUCGAAAUCGGUCAGGAGGAUCGCAUGCAUCUGGGUGUCUAUGCUUGCCUGGGUGGCCCCGUAUAUGAGACUGCGACCGAACAGCGCUUUCUGCGAAGUAUUGGUGUCGAUGCCGUUGGAAUGUCACUCGUUCAGGAGGUAAUUUACGCGCGUCAUUGCGGUUUGAAAGUGUUUUCAUUUAGUCUGAUCAGUAUGCCACCUAUUGAGCAACCGGAUAUGCCAGAAAGUGUUCGUGAUGUUUCGAUACACCAAGGACAAAUUGUCUGCAUGGAGCUGCUUUCGCGCAUGAUAUAUAAAAUACAAAAUAACUUGUGACCCAAGUCAAAAAUUAAAAUACUUAAACAAAAUUAUACAAAAAUGCGCAAUGGACAAAUGUGAGGACAAAUCGGUGCAGUUUUGACAAAUUCAUUCAGACAGAGUAUUCAUUAUGCCAGUUGUUUACAGUUCACAAAUUUUCAACUAAUUUUGACAACAUCACGUUGCAUAUACAUAACUUGCUUUGAUAUCGCGUAUACGCUGUGUAUAGCACUAUGCAACUACAAAAAA